AUGGCUUGUUGUCGUGCCUGCCUUGACAGACUGUGCGCAAGUGCCUGUGAGCCUGGGGCGGCCGUCCUCGGCCCCCUUCUGAACCUUUCACUGUGUGUGACCAGCUUCGUUUUUCUUGUCGUUGCUUUCGCACCUUUGAGCUCCCGCCCCCUAACUGCCAGUUCUUUCCGACUCAUGGCCAUGGCCAACCCUUUCAUGCAGUCCCUCACGCUUAAGCGGUCAGCAAAAAGUUCAAAUCUGAGGAGGACAAGUCGAAGCUUGAAGCCCCCGCUGCUGCUGCUGCUGCUGCUACUGCUGCGCCCUCUUCUGUUCGACAGCAAGCCCAGCCACUUAAAUGCGGAGUUGACACGAGGCUACUUGGACCUCGACUACAAGCUCCGCCAGCUGCUAGCUUCCUUUACUGUGGUCCACCGCUUCGAGGAGUCAUCUGAAGAUCAGGUGCAAUCGAGGUGGAAUGGGAGUUUCGAUGAUCUUCUCCGUGCUUCGGGUGCUGAUGGGGUGCACGCGCCAAGAUGA